UUUAUAUAUUUAGAAACCUUCUUUUUUCUCCAUUUCUUGCGAAUUAAAACAAAAUAAUACUAUGAUUUAUGUCGAUAUUCGUUUGGUAAAUAAUUAAAUAGAGAAUAUAAACUUGCAAUAAAAUGUUGAAUGAAAAAUUACAUUUAGAAAAGAAUGAUCAUAUACUUAGAAAUUAUUUUCGACGUAAAGAGAAUGUUUUAAAAGUAGUAGUUACAGAUGGUACAACAGAUCUUGCACGUGCAUUUUUGUAUAGAAUGUUGAAUGAUAAUGUAUUUGGUGAAAAUCAAUCUGUCUUUGUCAGCCUUUAUGAAUUACCGAACAAGACGACCUUCUUGGAAAGUGUUGCAAUUGAACUCACUUCCUUUAGCCCCAAAGUUUUAAAUGGCAUCAGUUAUGGUCAUGAUGCUUCCAUUGAAUUUAAGGAUGCAGAUGUUGUAAUUUGUAUUGGUUAUGCAAGAGAGUACGACUUUAAGGACAAUGAAUACCUUGAACCAUUUUUUGAAGAAUAUGUUCUGACUUCCAAGUUUUAUGGUGAAGUUAUAGAAAAGUAUGUAAAAAGGGAUGCAAGAAUUAUUGUACUAGGAACUACUGCUGCCACAAUCAUAUCCAAAUAUGUGAAAUCUAUUCCUAUCAAGAAUAUAACUACAUUAUCUUUGCUUAAUUUAAAUAUUGCUGCAGGUCAGAUUGCUGCACGAGCGCAGUGUCUUCCAACAGAAGUAAAGAAUAUAAUAAUCUGGGGUUCGAAUGGCUCAUAUAGUUAUCCCGAUUGCAGAUAUAUGUACUUCACCCAUGGAAAACCUUUGGCUGAUGUUUUGAAAGUUUGGAUUACUGACGUUCUUCCACAAACUAUUCGAAAUGUUGUUCACAGACCAAGCCUCAUUAAUUCCAUAGCUUAUGCGUUGGCAGAACACUGUAAAAUCUUAUGGAAUGGCACUCCAGAGAAUGAAUGGACCUCUAUGGGUGUUAUGUCUGAUUAUUCUUAUUCGAUUCGAUCUGGAAUAUUUUUCUCUUAUCCCGUAAUUUGUAAGAACAGGCAGUAUGAAAUAGUACAGGAUUUUGAUAUGGAUCGGUACGUUCUGCGGUACAUUGUGGAUCUAAGUAGGUUGAUUUUUAGGGAAAUCGAGAUUGCCUAUAAAAUUUGUGGUUUAAUAUCAAUUGAUCCUAAAUAAGGUAUAUCCUUCAUUCGUAUAUAGAUUAUGCUACAUAUUUUAUUACGUUUUUACAAGUUACAUUUAUUUACAAGUAUCUUUAAAUUAUAUAGAAUCGUAAUUGUACGAUGUAUCGUAGAUACACGGAGCCACUAUUUGUGCAUCGUUAUCGUUAUUAUAUCGUUAUUACAUUUCCUAAUCACAAGUUUUCAUAGAUCUUUCCAAAUCAUUGAAAUUCUCUUUCGUUAUGUAAAUAAUGCUAAUAACAAUAAAUGUAGAAAUGUUAAUACAGCAGAUAUUUAUAUAGAGAGAAUCACACAAUAUGUAUACAUCACUUUAGCAACAAUUAUUAUUUUGAACAGUUUUUACGACAGCACUAUUCUUCUUAUACUUGG